AUGGAGCUCGACUUCCGGACCAUGUGCGGACCCGUCUGCCGAACGUUCUACAAGCAGCAGCCCGCGUUCGAGUUCGCCGACCACCUGAACGCCGCCCUGUCGCUCAAGACACGGCAUGAAGCACUGCGGGUGGGACUGGCGAACGACUGGGGGGCGGGCGACGACGACGCGCCGGCGGGGGGCCUCCAGAUCACUCGCGUGUUCGCGGGAGAGCACCGGAGGGGGGACGACGGCGGCGGGUGCUACCGCACGUUCACCGCGGGGGCGCUCGAGGUCCUGUGGGCACAGAUGAUGGCCACGGAGCCGGACCACCGGCACUGGUACGAGAUUGUGCGCGAGGGGUACCCGUGCCACUUGUACCUGGACGUGGAGUUCAAGCCGCAGUUCAACCCGGACCUGUGCGGCGAGGCGCUCACGGAGGCGUUCGUGGACCUCGCGCUGCGGCAGAUGAAGGAGCACUUCGGCGUCGAGGUGUCGCACGCCGACGUGCUGGAGAUGGACUCGUCGCAGAGUGCCAAGUUCUCGCGGCACGUCGUGGUCGCGGUGCCCGGCUGGGCGUUCGCGUCGAGCGGGGACGCGGGGCUCUUCGUCAAGCACCUCCUGGGCCUCCCAGAGGGAAAGCGGUUCCUCGCGGUGGACGACGAGCAUGGAAAGACCGUGAGCAUCGUCGACACGAGCGUGUACUCGCGGAACCGGCAGUUCCGCUGCGUGUGGUCUUCGAAGGGCCCAAGGCCCAACACGACGGACCCGGGACCGGUCCUGGUGCCCACCGGCCGCUUCGCGCUGCGGGGGCGCGCCUGCUCCUGGGAGGCGCCGCCUCGCCUCGCGACGCCGGAGGGCUACAUCGACAAGACCAGGCCCUCGACCAUCAUCCCCGUGACGCACAGGAUCCCCCGCAACAUGACGGAGUUCGACGUCUUCCUGUCGUCGCUGGUCACGAGGGUAGCACGCGGCACGUGUUUUUUCGACCUUCCCGAGUGCAUCAAGGGACCGGCUCCUUCGCCGGCGGGACGUCGUCCAACGGGCAAGCGCAGUCGAUCCAGCCGCGGACAUGGGGGCGACGGGCAGGGCUCAGACGCAGCGGUGCCGGACAUCACACGCGAGGAGUUUCGCGAGCAAGAAGCGAGGCUGCUCACCCCGGAAAUGAGGCGCCGGGUCGAGCAGUUCGCGAUCGAGUACUCGAAGGCGGCCUCGAACAGGCAGAACGUGUCGUUCUACAAGAUCCAGUUCUUCAGCCCAUGCAUCGUCCUGGACCUCCGCGGCGACGGGGCGCACUACUGCCACCACAUCGGUCGCAACCACAAGCGGAAUUUCGUUUUCUACUCGCUGGACCUCGAUGAGGGCGUCUGUUACCAGAAAUGCUGGGACGAGCUCUGCAGGGACCACAAGGGCUGGUGCCCCAGGGACAUCCCAGACGACAUCCUCGCGAUGUACCAGAACUGGAAGCAGGACGAAGGCGUCCGCAGCCCUUGCUGA